AUGCGACAGGAGUUAGAUCAAGUAACUAAUACAGUGCAAUUUUUAUCUGAUAAUUUUGACGAACAACAACUCAUUAACGAUCGUUACAAAACGGAUAUCUCUCAAUUAAAAACAGAAAGCACAUCUCUACGUGCACAACUUAACGAAGUCACCAGCCUUAUGGAACAGCUUGAGCAGCGUGCUCGAGACUGUAAUAUUGAAAUACAGUGUGUUCCGGAGCAUAAGUCAGAAAACCUGUUUACUAUUGUGAAACAACUCACUAAAGUCGUUUCGUGUGACAUAGCUGAUAGUGAUAUUAAAGAAUUCCAUCGCGUUGCUAAGGUUAAUUCUGACUCUAAGCGCUCUCGCAAUAUCAUAGUCAAACUAACCAGCCCGCGCAUCCGUGAUACUAUACUUGCAGCGGUAAAAAAUUUCAACAAAAAGAAUGAAAACGACAAACUCAAUUCGACUCACUUAGGCAUCGCAGGUGAUAAGCAAUCAAUAUACGUCAGUGAACACCUAUCCCCAACGAACAAGAAACUUCAUGCAGCUACGAGACUAAUCGCAAAAGAGAAGAAAUACGAUAUUUAG